AUGCCUGCAAAGCAUAGUUAUUCUUCUUCUCCAGUAAAAGAAAGCAAAGCUGACUCUUCAAAUUUUACCCCCAUGGCAUCUCCCGACGGUUUACUCGAACUCCCUAUUCCCAUCACACAGAGCGCUGUCGCUGGUCGCAAGAAAAAGCGGAAAAUAGCUCGCAUUGAUGGUCUCAAAGUUCACUGGGCACGUUUCAAAAAGCGUGUGGGCACAGAUUCCCCUUCUACUUCCUCUUUGGUUUUGGAUAGCAGCUUGGAUAGCAGCCAACCGCGCCAGCGGACUCAAGGCGGUGAUGAUAGCGAUGAACUCGACGAAAUCGUUGUGGACCGCGACUGGUCUGAAGAUAUGAAGAGCUCACUCGACCAGUCUGACGAGCCGACGCCAGAAAAGUCAGGAGAUAGCCAUAUUCCAGUUGGGACAGGCACGAGCAUUGGUCAUGAAAGUCAUUCAAUCCCUGACGAUCGUCGCCUUUUUCGACGCAUGCUCGUUUUCUUGCGAUGGUUUAUCUGGCCUGCCAUAUCCAAGUUCUUCGUCGUUCGUUUUCACGACGAGAGGACAGAAACACGCUACCGUCGGGAACAUUGGUUUAUCCGCAAGUCAUUAGGGUUUUGGUCUUCCAGUUACUUCAUAGUAAACUGGAUCCUUGGUGCUGCCUCAAUACCUACUCCACUCGUUUUACUGGACAAGAUAUUUUUCUUCGGUAUUGCACCAGUUUUAUGCCUGCCUUUGCUACCAUUAGUGAUGUUUGAUAUCCCACGGGAUUAUCCUAUCCGUUUUCAACUGUUUCUGAUUGUGUCUAUAUUCAGCUGGUACCUUUGUGGAUUCUAUGGCAAUUUUACGUUCUCCUGUGGAACAAAAAACUUCUUGACGAUAUUCUACUACACUACAGCAUUGCAGACUAUUGCUUUGUUUGGGCUAAAACUGACGAGAUUGGCAGCGCUAUGUGGUUCGCUCGCUUUCUUCAUUUUGUACGUGCCGUUGAAAACGAUUGUAGUUCGAGCGCCAUGGUCCUCCCAUAUAAUGGCAUCUUUUUCAGAAAUUUUUUUGCUUUUUGUUCACUACAUGAACGAAAACUCUGAACGUCGCCUGUUUAUCUUGCGAGAACAACUCAAGCUCCAGUUCAAAGCUACCCAGAAAGCACAAAUCAACGAACGGAAAGCGGCAGAUUCCAAAAGGCGCCUUACUUCGUACGUCCAAUUCCAUAUUUUGGCGGUGCAGAAUAUGGAAGCCUCGGGUGCCGUAUGUAAAGCUCAGGAGCUGGAAUUCAUGGCCUUGGAAGGCAGUCUGGUCAUGAUGUCCAAAGUACUUAAUGAUAUGUUAGACUUUAACCGUAUGGAUAGCGGUCGAUUUGAGAUUCUAUCAAAGCCUUACGCCUUUCACUCCGUCAUCCGCUCCCUCUUUAUACCACUGCGCAUGGCAACCGACGCCCGCAACCUGGAGCUCGUCACUGCUUUGGACGAAAACAUUGAUUUGGUUGCGCGACAUGCUGCAUACGAAGCCGCGAGUGAAGAUCCGGUAGAAUUUGAUCGACUCAUUAAUGAGAAUCCGGACGAGGAUGGAGUGGUGCUCGGGGAUGCGAUACGGCUGAGGCAAAUAAUAAACAAUCUUGCAAGUAAUGCAUGCAAGUUCACGCCAGCUGGAGGCCGAGUAACUUGUUCUACGCGGCUGGUGUUUCCCAGUCACCAGCCUGAUACUACAGAGGCGGCACAAGAGGGCCAGGAGAAUGAUAUAAUCGAAGAAGUAGCUGUUGCGUCUAUUCACGAUGAGGUUCUUCCAUCGCCCAAUUCACUGAAAGAGAAAGGUCGCGCGAGUUCACCGACGAAGUUACCCCAACUCAAGCGAAUCGUAGUACGAAUCGAGGUAUCAGAUACAGGAGGUGGGAUCCCGCCCAGGGAGAUGACACAGGGAAAACUGUUUUCUGCUUUUAAUCAAACAGAGCAAGGAAGACAGCAGGGUGGAAAGGGUACUGGAUUGGGAUUGGCCCUUGUGCGUCAGAUUGUCAAGCUCAGCGGUGGCCGCCUGGGAGUCCGAUCAAAGCUAGGGCGAGGGUCCACGUUCUGGGUUGAGCUUCCAUUGGGUGUGGGCGUCAAGGUAGUGGCUCCACCCGAGACGGAGACUAUGUUAAACGGGAAACCAACAGUGGAGCUCACUGGUCCUUUGUCUGCGGAUCUGCUUGCGACUAGGAGACCUCAACGCAUGUACAUGGGUACUCCCACUUCGUCUGCCUUACAGACGUUGAUGGACCAAAGAGGACUCGUGGAACUGAAUUUGGAAAACAUGCAAGACGAGUCAGAAGCAGCCGUUCCGACACGAACGAUUGGUGACCUUUCUUCUGGCGCUCAGUAUGGAUCCCGUAUAGCCGAUGCACCCGCCUUUUCUACCACUGAAACAAAUUCCAGGAUGAUUCUUCUGCAAGAAACUUCUCCUAUGGGGAGCACCUCGACUGCUGUCGAGGAAGAUAGCAUGCCCGAUCCCCUACUGAGUGCCUCUUACACAGUCGGGACUCUGUCGCCACCUUCAAACGCAGAUACCUCGAACCCAAGGAAAGGCUUUGUAGCGAUCUUUGACCCGCCCAUGGUUGCCUUGGUCGUAGAUGACGACAUGCUAACACGGACGAUCAUGUCACGGAUGUUAAGUCGCCUUGGGUGUACGGUGUCGACGGCGGACAAUGGAGAAACUGCGCUGGAAAUGAUUAUAGGACGCAUCUCAAUGCAAGGACAAAAUGGAAGUUCUCAUGUCAUUAACAUGAAUGGUAGUCAUGAAGAUAGUUACAAGUAUGACGUGGUUUUCCUCGAUAACCAAAUGCCGAUUAUGUCUGGUCUGGAGGUAGUAUCGAAGCUUCGGGAGAUGGAGAGAGACGACUUUGUAGUUGGCGUUACAGGGAAUGCGCUCCUUGAAGACCAAAGAGCGUAUAUUGAUGCAGGUGUUGACCACAUCUUAACAAAACCCGUGUUUGAGUCGAGUCUCAUAAAAAUGCUUACGACUGCGGAUGAACGACGGCGACAAAACCCUUCCUUCAGUCCUGAAUAA